AUGACCCCCGGCCGGCUUCUCUCCCACUUUCUGCUGACAUCGGCUGUCGGCCACGCGUCACUUUGCUCGACUGUCCUCCUCGAAGUGGAGGCAGAUGAGGUGAUGAUGUUUUUUGACGUGGUCUCAUUGUUCACCUCCAUCCCACCUGCGCUGACUAUCGACACUAUUGACGGUUUUCUCCGGGAAAAGUAUGAUGAGAUCGAUCAACAGCUCAAACGAGUUCACAUCAUCGAGCUCCUAGAACUAUGUCUUAAGACGUUCUUUACAUUCAACGGCCAGAUCUACGAGCAAAAGAAGGGGACGCCGAUGGGCUCGCCUCUAUCUGGAUUAAUUGACGAAGCGGUUUUGCAGAGGCUUGAGCGGCUGGUCUUCAGCUCGUACCCCCCAAAAUUCUGGGACAGAUACGUCGACGACACUUUCGUUAUCAUCAAAAGGAGCGAUGUGCAGACUUUCAAGGCACUGUUAAAUUCAAUCUUUCCCGACAUCCAGUUUACUAUGAAAGAGGAGCUCAACAAUCAGCUGGCCUUCCUUGACGUACAAGUGAGAAAGCUGGAGGACGGGAAGAUAAGGACAACGGUCUACCGCAAGGCAACUAACACCAGGCGACAGUUGUGUCAGGACCCUCUUCCAACGCGUUCAAACACACUGCAGCGACGAAAAUGGGAGGAAGUAGGAGAUUAA